CAGAGUGUCACAUACCCACACCCCACACCAUAUCCAUCAGGAACACCCACGCACACGCAGCAGACACAGCAUCAUCAGACGUCAACAUUCACAACAGCCUCACACAGACCAUCGAGGCACGGCAAGCGGGCACGGCUGGGUGUCGAAGCCAAUAGCCAACCAAGCCACUGACAAACAACAGCGCCUGCUGCACGCCUGCUGCAACGAUGCUCUCGCCUCAUCUUCAUCCCGGCACACUUGAUGCCUCGGCUCCCUACAGCCCACGUAUGACGAACAAGGAGCCUUUUCGACCUACACCCAGGGUCCCGCUGGCUCAUAGGCCAAAGAGCGAUGAGGGUAUGAAACCCCUUCUCAGCCCUGCUUACCUGGAUCAGUACCCGCAGGCGAGCACCAGCCAUGCAGGCGUCUCUCACCCGCGACUGGUCAUUGCCAAAGCGGACGUGGUGUCCAGUGCACCGACGAGCCCAGUGGCAGAUAAAGCCUCCUACUUCUCCCCCGUAGCCUCGGUUCCUCUUGACUCCCCUGCAAAGGCGCUGAGGCUCUGUCGCUCCACAGUAAACCUUCGGCCCUCAUCCCCGACGAAGCUCGCCGCGCCGAUCACAACGCGUCCAGUGCAAAGUCACCCUUCACCUUCGCCCCGUACACCUACCUUUGCCAGACCAAUGACUCCAACUGCUCCUCCUGCGCCAGCCAUUCACGUCGCAAGUGCAGCCUCAUCGAGACCGGCCUCGCCAAUCAAGGUAAGGGCAAAGGUGACGGAUGGCAUCUCUCCAAGGAAGAAGCCAGUCAAGGGACCUCCGCCCAAACCAAACAUCGUCAGACGCGACCCUCAGCAAGGAUUGGGCAUCUCUAUGGACAAAGCGGUCCCUCGCUCCCUCCAUACCCACGACGCUGGAGCCGACUUGUCAGCCGAUGCAAGCUUUUCAUCUUCCUCUGGCCUGGAUAGCGACAACAGCCAAGACGCUGAUACUGUCACAGUGCACCUGCGUCUACGACCUCUACCUCCGGACGAGCCUUCAGCAUGGGUCGCUUCGCCACUGACCUCUUCCGUUGCUUUGCAACCUGCUCUGGCAUACGGACGAUCAUCCGGACUAGGCAACCACAACUUCGAUGCCGUCCACGUGGGCUCCUCGAACGAUAGUCUUUACAAAUCGCUCGCAAAACCACUUGUCUCGUCUGUCUUGUCGGGCUUCAAUGCACUCAUUUUCGCUUACGGGCAAACAGCGUCUGGCAAGACGUUCACUCUUUCUGGAGAUGACAAGUCCGGAGCUGAGGGCAUCACACAGAUGGCGGUCAAAGAUUUGUUCAGGGGCAUCCGAAGCUCUAAGCGGGAGAGAGAAUGGCUGGUGCGAUGUAGCUGGAUCGAGGUUUACAACGAGGCGGUCAAGGACCUGCUGGAGCCAAACAACAUUCCUCAGAUCCGCUCGUCGACAUCGAAAGGAACCUUUGUCGCGCCCUUGGCAGAGAUUAUUGUCACCUCGCCGGCAUCAAUCUUUGAUCUACUGGAGCAGGGUCAAAAGCAUAGGCACGUGAAUGCCACAGAUUGGAACGAGCGCUCAAGUCGCUCUCACACAGCUUUCAAGAUCGUAGUCGAGAGUUGGGCGAGGGACGAGUCAGCUUCUUCGACCUACGUUGACGAAGACGGCUCGCCAAGGCCAGCGUCUCCGACGAAGGGCAAAAAGGUCCGUGUCUCAGAGCUGGUGCUGGUCGACUUAGCGGGUUCAGAAAAGUACGUCACCAAAGGCGGGCAAGAGCGUCGUGCUGAAGGAGCCAAUAUCAACAAGAGUCUCCUUACCCUGGGCAAGGUCAUCUUCGCACUCUCCGAAAAACCUUCUUCGUCUUCCGGGAUGGCCCAGCAACAGCACAUACCCUAUCGAGACUCGAAGUUGACUCGCAUCCUGCAGAACUCUCUCAGUGGGAACUCCAAGAUUGCUGUUGUAGCCACGCUCAAUCAGACUACUGCCUCCAUCGAAGAGUCCCUCUCGACAAUCAUGUUUGCCAAGCGCAUCAAGAAGGUGCAGCUCUCUGCACAGCUCAACGAAGUAGACGCGCCCGAGUCGAGUGGGGAAGCACAGGCGCUUUUGGUCAAGUACAGAAGAGAGGCAGACGAUCUCAGGCGGUUGGUGAGGGAGUUGCAAGACCGCGAUCGCACUAGAGGCUCUGCAGAUAUCACCGUCAAUGACGCUGGAGGCGCUGCGACACAAGAGUACAUCGAGCAGGUAGAGGAGCGCUUGAAGGUACUGGGCAGCUGCGUCGUUCGCGGGGAAGGGCUCGAGGACUUCGACGAGCACGACGGCGAUGAGGCCGCAGAUGGCACUACGGCCGAGGAAACGACUGCCCGCUCUGGUCGACUGCGAGGAAGCCUGGCACCUAUGAACAGACCCGCCACGCCUUCCCAUCUCGACUUCACCAUCUCCACUGCUGCCCUUCGACAACAACUCCACGCCGCCACUCGUAGGAUCACCUCACUCGAAGCCAAGGGCACCUCUUCUUCCCCUCAGCAGAAGGACGAGUUGAUCGCCAAGCUGCAAUCUCAGCUCCUCGAAGCCGAAAUUGCACUCGAAGCAACCGCUCUUCAGCCCCUGCCCAAGGUGCGCGAAGAUGUCGAAGCCGAGUUCCUACCCCGGAUUGCUCAGCUCGAAAAGGAGUUGCGCGAGUCGAGGGAGCUCAAUGAGGAGUGUGUGAGGGAGUGUGAGCGGUUGCAAAAAGUGAACCAGAGGUUGGUGGCUUUGGCGCACAAGGAGACGAGUGAGCUGGUGGGGAGAUUGAAGGAAGAGGCACAGAGCCCUGUCAAGGAUCAGCUCAAGAGUAGAGGAACAGGCAAUGGUGUAGGUCUCACGCCUACUAUCAGGAGGCUCAAGGAAAGGGGAGGCGAAGCAGGCAGUGGUAGUCCAAGAGAGAGGCCCAAGUCCGUUCUGGGCGACAUGGGCAUGCGUAGCUCCAACACCACCGAGAAUCCUUCCUCACCCUCAAGUUUCGCCAACAGCUCACCUCUGAAACACAAGGCCUCCGCUCGCGCCCUUCUGAGCGGUACACCGCCCAAGACGUUCCUGACAUCUGCGUCUACUGCCCCUGGCUCGACAGCCAGGCGGGGCGCCAAAGUCGUCACAACCUCGUCAUCGUCGGGACGUAGUCGCAGGAGUGCCAGCCAUGACUUCAGCCUCAGCCUAGGCGCCACAUCCCUCUCUGCCGGCGCAGGAGCGGGCACCAGAAAGAAGAGUCACCUCUUCAAGAUGGCUGUGGGAGGACGUGGGGGGUUGGACAGUGAUGAAGAAAACGCGGACGAGUCUGCUUUGCUGGAUUUUUAGAAGGGCUUUACUAGUGGGCAAGGGUGGGCCAACAAUUCUUCUUCGUCUUUGAUUCGUUAGACUCUUUUAUUCUUAUACCAAGCUUGAGCCGAUACCAGACAUUCAAUCCUAGAAUCAAUUCACUCUAAAAGACA